AUGAGUAUUAUAAUCGGACCCGCGAUAGCUGUUGUAACAUCAUUCUUAGCAUUAACUGUAGUUUUAUUGUCAUUUAUCGGACUAGAGAAAUUUGAGCUGCCUAUUGCGGCAAAUUCUACAUUAACCGGAUAUCCAACAUGGCAUCCUGAUGUUCCAGCUUAUUUGAUCCUUGAUGUUGGGAAAUUAUGGUCCCCAAUUGGAUUAUUAUAUAAUGUUGCAGAGAUUUCGUUAUUAGCAUGUAUUCAUUAUGGUGGAAAGAUUACUGCGAUUAAGUAUUGGGCAUGGGUACUUAGAUAUGUGGUUAUAGUAAUCAUUGGUCAAAGUAUACAGGUGGCACUCGUAAUUACUUUCUUUCGUUUGUACUUUACCACUCGUAGAAAACUUCACGAACAUGAAAGUAGCCUUCCAAUAAAUAUUGAACGUGAAAACCCAGAGCCAAGUGAUCCACCAGAAGAUGCUAUUCCACACGAACCUAGCUCUGAAUAUCCACUUCCCUUAAGUUUCUUACCUCAACCAAAACAAAUUGUAACUUUGAUUGUCGCUUCAAGUGUUCAUCUUUUUGGUGAUUCUAUAUUUGUAAUAUUUCUGAAUCAUCCUAACGCUUAUCUAUUGAGUGCUUUAAGUUAUGCAUUAUCAUAUGGAAUUUUCGCUUACUACAUUUGGUUAGAUACUCAUUGUUAUAGAAUUUUACCUAGAAAACGUAUUUAUGCUCCUGAAACAAGUACCUGGAAACUUUUUGGUAUUGAUGUUAGAGAAACGUUAACUUCUUUGGAUAAAAUGAUUCGGGAAUGA